UGAUAAAUAAUAUAGAUACAAAGUAAUUAUAUGGUUGUACGUUGAGGAUUGGAAUUAUAAAUUCAAAUAAAGAUGGUUAUUGAUGCUUACAUCCAAAUGCAUUUUGUGUAUACAAGGGAGACUCGUACACUUCGGGCGAGAAGUAUACACCGUUUCCAAUUUUUUACAAUGAAGACCUUCCUCCGACUUUUCGUAACAUGUGCCAUGCUAUUCAACGUUAUCCAAGUAGAAGCCCUGACUUGCGCUGCACCAAAAUGUGACGGAAUUCUUUGCUCACCUCCAAAAUGUUCACCGCCUGACAGUCUACAAACGGACCCUUGCCAUUGCUGCCCUUAUUGUGCAGAAGAGCCACUAGUUUAAAAGUUACACGACUUGAUGACAAAACAUCGAUGUAAGUUGGCUGCUAUCAAUUUUUUUAAAUAUCAUGAUGUACUAAUUGUUAUAUGUUUAUAAUAUUCAUAAUAUACCUUAUACAUAUCGUCUGUUUAUUGUCAGUCAUCACAGAAUGAGUUGCCAGAGUGAAAGUAAUUCAAAUUUUCAAUAAAAGGAGAUAUGAUGGCUAGGGAUGCAAACUUUUUAUAAAUAUCGAUAUAUCGAUAUCGAUAUAUAUCGAAUUAAAUCGAUAUCGAUCUAUCGAUAUACCGAUCUAUGAAGCCGAUAUAUCGAUAUUUCAUAUUUUUUUGGAAGCUUACAGAAAUUAGAAAUCCAAUGUUCUUUCAGUUAUAUCAAACAGUUAUCGAUUAUGUAUAUAUAUAAAUUUUUAUACUUAUGUAUGUGAAGUGAAACAAAAUUCGGAUAGGUAUAUAAAAUGUGUUUUUCUUUCCAUACAUUUAUUUGGGAAAAUUAAUUCCAGUAUUUUGUACUAGCUAUUGAACUUUAAAAUAGUAACUUUGACAGUCUGCUUCCUUGUAGCCGGUUUCUGCUCUGAGUUAUAGUGGCUCCUGCUUUUGAAAAAAUACGUUCGGAAGGAACGUUUGUUGCCACAAUUGGUAGAUGACUCAUUGCCACUUUAAAAAGAUUAGGAUAUACACCUUGCAUCUAUUGCCAUAUUUCAAUAAUGUUUACUUUUAGAGUAUUUACAGGGGCAGAAAGAUAUAACGUGAGCUCGUCGUCACCGUCAGUUUUUUUUCUUUUUAUUUGCGUGUGAGCCAAAGAUUUAUGGUGCUACCAAAAAUCAAAUUCACUUUUAUCUUCAUCCUCUGAAGAUGGUGAUGAACCUGUUGCGGCUGCGGCUGCAGAUUUAUAUUCUGAAAUUAAUUUUCUAAUUUUUGAAAUCGUUUUUGCACAUGCAUCAGGUUUCUUAAAAGGCAAGUUUUUGAAGCGAUGGUCCUAGCAACGUCGAAAUUGCUAUUAAUAUAUUGUAUUCCAACUGGCCAAAACGCUUCUCCAUUUCCAGAGUAAUAUGUUUCUUCAAAUCGCCGGCAAUGCUUGAAGUGAUUCAUUGUAUUGGUCAAUUGCACAACUCACCAUAGGCACAACUUUUGAAAUAGUGACAUAAUAGCUUCCAGUGGUCGCAGAACAUGCGUCACAUCUUUGCGUUUUACCCGAUUUUGUGGGUAUUUUAAUUUGGGUUGGUUUUUCGAUAUUUUGAUAUGAUAUAUUGAAUUUUUCGAUAUCGAUAAAUAUCGAUAUUUUUAGUUGUCGAUAUAUCGAUAUUUAUCGGUUUUCCGAUAUAUCGUUGCAUCCCUAAUGAUGGCGUCUCUUCCAUAUUUUUUUAUGUGAACGAGAUAUUUGGCCCCAUUUCAAUGUACGAAAUGAAAAAAUUUAAGUAAGAUGCAUUUUGACAUAUUAUAGGAAACAAAUAAAUAAAUAUGAACAAUCUAUUUUGAGUACAUCCCAUAACUAUUGUAAUUUCCAAGACUGGUUUGCUGAAAUUGAAUAGUCAUUAGGUGAUAGUACUAUAUAGUGGCCCGCAUCUAUCGAGUAUGAAUGAAACGCAGUUUGUACUGAGUACUUGACAUAUAUUUCAGCAAAAUUGGUUCUAGAAGAAUCCACAGUUAUAACUAAGGAAUAAAUAUGGUUAGCCUGAAAUAUUUACAAUAUCAUUGCAUUGGUAACUACACUAAUAGUAACUAGCAGUAUAUUUAAUUCGACGUUUGAGAUCAACUUUUACAUAUAUGAUAACACUUAGCCUAAUGUAUCAACUACUCGAAUCCGAGAGAAACAUUUUAUUGAAAACUAUAAUGAAAAAAGUACUUUACUAAUUUUGUAUUUUUUGACUUCAU